UGGUUGUUAAUCUUUUUCCAAAGUAACAUACUCAAUACUCAACAACACUCGUAUAACUAUUUCCUUCUCCCUUUCCGUUCAAGACUCCAACCCUCUCUUUUCUCUUCUCUUUCGUCACUUUCUCAUCUCAUAAGCCAUCUCAACCCAUAAACAUUUUCUUCAUUUCAUGCUCAUCAAAAUCAAACCACAUUUUCUUCACUCAUCUCUUUGAUUUCUGCUUCCUAUAUCUCUCUCUCUGCUAUGAAGAAACUCUGUCCCAAUCUUGCUCGCGAGGAUGGACUCCAAACCGUGCUCGAGGUUCCCAUCCCAGAAGAGAUUUUCACCAUCAAAAGCGGAACCAGCAGAGCUUGGCAUAACAUGAAGUCAUGGAUGAAGCCAAACGUUGAAUCUUCUACAUCAUCAUCACUCUUUGGGGACCAAAAUACUGAUAUCCAGCUCUUGCUUGGUGUUGUUGGAGCACCAUUGAUCCCUCUCCCUGUCACUUCUCACGACCAACCCAUCACCAUUAAAUCCCAUAACAUUGAGGCUUCGAUGGCGAAAUACAUAGUGAAACAGUACGUGGCGGCUGUGGGAGGAGAGAGUGCUUUGAAUUGGGUGGAAAGCAUGUACGCUGUGGGGGAGGUGAGGGUAGGGACAACAGAGUUUUCAGGAAGUGAAGAAUGUGUGAGUAAGAAGAAGAUGGUGAAAGUGAAGAAGAUGCAGAAGAAAGGGGAAGUGGGAGGGUUUGUUGUGUGGCAGAAGAAGCCAGAACUGUGGUGUUUGGAGCUGGUUGUUUCUGGGUACAAAAUCAGUGCCGGGAGUGAUGGGAAAGUGGCAUGGAGGCAAACACCAUGGCACCAUUCUCAUGCUUCUCGUGGCCCACCAAGACCACUCAGGCGUUUACUUCAGGGUCUUGAUCCAAGGUCCACAGCCAAUUUGUUCAACAACUCCAUAUGCAUUGGAGAGAAGACAGUGAAUAACGAAGAAUGUUUCAUAUUGAAACUUGAAGCAGAUUCCAAUACACUUCAAACAAGAAGUAGCAGCAACGUAGAGAUUAUACGUCACACUGUGUGGGGCUACUUCAGCCAAAGAACAGGUCUUUUGGUCCAAUUAGAGGACUCUCACUUGCUGAAACUCAAAACCACAGCAAAUGAUGCUAUAUUCUGGGAAACCAACAUGGAGUCUCUAAUACAAGACUACAAAACUGUGGAUGGAAUUAACAUAGCACAUGCAGGAAAAACUUGGGUGACACUGUCUAGGUUUGGUGAAGGCCCAGAGAGCCAUUCCAAAACCAGAGUAAAAGAGGUUUGGAAGAUUGAAGAAGUGGAUUUUAACAUCAAAGGGUUGUCCAUUGAUUGCUUCCUACCACCCAGUGAUUUGAAGAAAGAGGAAGAAAAAGUGGUGGAAGAUUGUAGGAUGGCUGCAAGCAAUACAAAGUUACCUUACAAGAUUCAAUCUGCUUCUUUUAAGAUUAGUGUUUCCAAAGUAGCUGCUGUUAAUGUGGAUGAUUCAAGUGGUAGUGAAAGUGAUGGUGAUGAAGAAGACAUGUAAUCAGUACCUUCCAUUUUGUAAGACCACACCAUUUGAUUUGUGGGGCUUGGUCAUGCUUGUAGGAAAUAUAUAUAGUGUAUGUCAAAUAACAUGAGUAUGAGACUAAAAUCAUUUCUAAAAAACUAAAACAUUGUUCAGUCUAAUAUUAAAUAUUUGAGUAA